AUGAAGAAGGUCUGCUGUGGAAAGCAAGUCCCUGUCGUCAGACUGCAGCGGCUGUCACCCAAAGGGGGCAAAGCAAAAGUGGCCAAGAAGGAUUCCUGCCAUGAAAAACAAGCAUCUGUCCAACUGCAGCCUCUGCAGCAUGAAGACAGCAAAGCUAAGUCUCCUCACUUUGAUAAUAUUGUUGGGUCAUUUCAUCAAGGACACACAAUAUUUAAUCCAGAAAGUAGAGGAAAGCAGUGCACGGCCAUUGCUUUGGCUGCAAUUGUUAAACACACAUACCAGCGAGAGGUGUAUAAAUGGUCUCAGAAAGAUCUAAACAUGACUUUAUUGGAAGGUGAUCGUCUGUACAUAAGAAAGAAGCAUCGUAUUCCUGAGGAUCAGUCUUAUUUGGGAGCUUUUGACUUUAAAAACGAGGAGAAGCUGUUUGGCAAGACGUUUUGUUUGGAAAUGGUCACUGUUAUUGGACGUCUGCUUUCAGUCACCAACCCUGAGAAAAAAGUAUGUUUUGUUACUUUGAAGACAGCUCUGGAAGAACAUCUUGCUACUGACAACGCUUGUCUCUUCACCAUGUCAGGCAGUACAUGUGCUAUUAUCGCUAAAAAUGGCAUGUAUGCUAUUGUGGACUCCCAUGCACGCAGUAAAUCUGGGAUGGUAGAUGGCAAUGGUUCAAGUGUUGUUGUGUUUUUCAAGCGCAUCAGUGAAGUUUAUGACCACAUAAUCCAACUUGCAGCAGGAUUCACUGAGCCAAAUGUUGAGUUUGAGCUCAAUAGCGUGGCACUGACUUUGAAAGACUGUGACUGUGAUGGUGUGACUGCUGAGCCUACUCUGGGCUGUUCUGAACCUCAUGCUGUGACUGAACUUAAAAGUAACCCCAAUUCCUAUGUUACUGAAAGUACUGCUGCAACUGACACGGCUGAUUUGAAAGCUUCUGAUCCUGGGUUCAAGAUAAAGAAAAAUUUACCAGAAAUAGGACACAAAUGUGGCAGAACACAAAUGAAAUCUCCAUUGCACAAAAAGCGAUCCAGGGUUGACACAGAGUUAAAAAGUGGAUCUCCAAUUGUCAAGAAAGCCAAACUGCAUGAUGCAAAUGACAUUACAAUCGUUGGUCAUGAGGAAAAUGCUUUGCAGUUUAAUCCUCUUUCUGAAAAAGUAUGCAAGGCAAUUUGCAAAUUUCUUAAUGUUGAAUUUGAAAAUUGCAAUGUUAAAGAGUCCUUAUGCGCUGGGGAUGCUGGAGUGCCAUGUCAUAAUGAAAAGAUUGUUGCCGAUGGUAACUGUUUCUUCCGUGCCAUUUCUCAAGCCAUAAGUGGGACACAGAAACACCAUAGAAGCAUCAGACUGAAUGCAGUGAAGCACUUAAAAAAGAAUCCUGAAAAAUAUCACUGCCUUUUGAAUGAAGAACAUCAGAAUUUGACUGUGGCAGAGUACAUUAAACAGCAAAAGAUGUCUUAUGUAAACACCUGGGCAACACAAGCUGAAAUUCAAGCCACAGCUGAUUGCAUUGGAGUUGAUAUUUACACGUUCUAUCAAGGCAAAUGGUUAAGAUUUAAAAACAGUGAAAAACAACAGUCUGAUGAAGGCAUCUACCUACAGAAUCAUGGAGCUCAUUAUGAACAUGUUGUUUGUGUCAAGCAAAGCCAACAAAAUGACUGUUAUAAACUGUGUACGUUUGAAACAUGUGUCUCGGAUGAGUAUUUGCAUGAAUGUACCUCUGAGUGCAAUACACCAUGUUCAUUACAAGAAUCAAGAGGAGAGCUUUGGAUGUGCAAGGUCUGUCAUUCAAAGAUCCGAAGAGGUGUAACCCCAGCAGAAUGGUGGGGAAACAAUUUACAACUGGAUUCAAUUCCUCUUGAGUUAUCUUGUUUGAAUCAUCUGGAAAAACAUCUGAUUUCUUUAAACAUUCCAUUUAUGAAAGUGUUAGCUUUACCAAAGGGUGGUCAAAAUGGAUGCCAUGGACCAAUUUUUUGCAUCCCUUCUUCAGUAAAUCAUACUUGUUCUGUUUUGCCUCGGUCAAAUCUGGAAGGUUGUCUGUUACGUGUUAAAUUAAAGCGUAAGCUAUCUUACAAAGGACAUUAUGAAUAUCACUUUGUUGACACAAAUCACCUGAAAGAAGCACUUAACUAUUUAAAGGAAAACAAUCAAUAUUAUCAAGACAUAGAAAUAAAUGAAGAAUGGGUGAAUGAGUUUGCUAAGGAAGAAGAAAACCAAGCACAAGACGACUCUAAUGAUAAUGCACAAAAAAACAAAGAAGUCUCAAACAAUAAUUCAAAACAACCAGAGUCUCCUGAUGAAGAAGAUGAAACUCUACAUGACCGGCAAAACCACUGUAUUUAUCAAGAUUCUUGUUCCAUGCCUGUUGAUCUUGGUCAAGAAACUCUUGAUCAGGGUUUUGAAGAUAUAAUUAAUCUGGCACCUGCUGAAGGAAACAAUCCUGUGCGUAUUUUGUCAGAUAAAGAUAAUGAAGCAAAAUCCUUUCCAUAUCUUUUUCCAUCAGGGAACAAUACUUAUCAUACGCCCAGACAGCACUACUUGACAUUGGCACGAUAUUUUAAUAACAGAAUAUUGCACGCUGAUGGAAGGUUUGCAAAGUGCGUUGAAUACAUUUUUUUUGCACAAUACAUGUCAGAAGUUCAGCAAGUCAUUCAGCAAGUGUCAAUAGCAUCACGCAAAGGACACACAAACCCUGCCGGCCAAAAAGACAAUGCUCCAGAAAACAUUGAGUCUUUGCAAGACAUCAUUAAGACUGAUGAAGGAUAUCGUUUUCUAAGGCCUAUAAGAGGUACUCCAAGCUUUUGGCAAGGUGCACAAAAGGAUUUACUUGCCAUGGUGCGGAAUCUGGGAAAACCCACUUUCUUUUGCAGUUUUUCGUCUGCAGAUUUGCGCUGGGGAGGGCUUUUAAAUUCAAUUUUGAAACAAGAGGGGAGAACUGAAACUUCUGAGAGUUUGGAGUAUGCAGAAAGGUGUGAACUGUUGCGUAAUCGUCCUGUCACUGCAGCACGCAUGUUUGACUACAGGUGGCAUCUCUUGUUGAAUUACGUGUUACUAUCUUCAUUGAAUCCAAUUGGAAAGAUUAAAGAUUACUUUUAUCGAGUAGAAUUUCAACAACGUGGAUCACCCCAUGUACACGCUUUAUUUUGGAUUGCCUCUUCAUCUGAGAUUGGAAAAAACACAGAUCAAGAAGUGGUGAAAUUCAUCGACAAGUACAUAACAUGUGAAAUACCCACACAAGAUCAGCAAUUAGCUGAAACUGUUACCUCCGUGCAGCAACAUUCUCAACGGCAUUCGAAAACAUGUAAGAAAAAGAAUACAGCCUGCCGGUUCAAUUUCCCACGCCCUGUAUCUGAACGUACUUUCAUCACCAAAAAACAGAAAAUACCAAAGUGCCCAAAGUGCCAGGGUGACACUGCAACAAAGAGCCAAGAACAAAAAAAAGACACUGUUGAAUGCAUAUGCUCUCAAAAUGAACAGAACUUUAUGAAAGAAGAGGAUGCAAUGAAAAUACUGACAACUGUUAAAAAAGCACUUCUGGAUAAAGACAAUCCCAUUACGAGUAUCCAGCAAAUGUUUCAAAAUGUUGGCAUUACGCAGGAAGUAUGGGAAAAAGCACUUAAAUGUGUUGAAAAACGCAUGCAAAUUGUCCUGCAAAGAGAUGUCAAUGAAAUUUGGAUUAAUCCAUAUAAUCCACUUUUGUUGAAAUGUUGGAAUGCCAACAUGGACAUCCAGUAUGUGGUUGAUGUAUAUGCUUGUAUCGUUUAUAUUAUCAGCUAUAUGUCCAAAUCUGAGAGAGAGAUGGGGCUGUUGUUGAAACAAACACACCAAGAGGCCACAAAACAGGGAAAUUCUGAUGCCAAAGAAGCUAUGAAGAAGAUUGGUCAAGCCUACCUCCACAACCGUGAUGUGUCUGCACAAGAAGCUGUGUACAGAAUCACUCAAAUGCACCUGAAAGAAUGUUCAAGGAAAGUUGUGUUUAUCCCCACAGGUGACACAAUUUUCAAACUCACCAAACCACUAAAUGAACUGAAAAAGUCAGGAAACAAUGACAUUUGGAUGACUGGAUUUGUGGAUCGAUAUAAGAACACACCACAGAAUGACACUUUUGAUAAUAUGUGUAUAGCCACAUUUGCUUCAGAGUAUCGUGUGUUAAGUACAUCAGAAAAGAAAUCCAAAAAUGUGAUUAAGUUACAGAAUUCAUGUGGCUAUAUUUCAAAGCGAUUCAGAACCAAACCUGCUGUUGUGCGCUAUGCACGGUUUUGAGAAACAAAGAAUCCUGAGCUAUAUUACAAAAGCCUGUUACAGCUGUUUUUUCCUUAUCGUCAUGAUAACGACCUCAAACCUUCAUCAUUUCAUUCUUUUGAACAGUUCUACAAAGAGGGCACAGUGCAGAUUGGCAACCAGACCGUUUCAGUGAUGUCAAUUGUGAACUCAAAUAGAUCUCACUAUGACAUUGAAACUGAAGAUUUGGAAGAGAUAAAAAAUAACCUGGACUCUAAUGAAAUAUUAGAGGAUGCUUGGGCCAUGCUUUGUCCUGAGCAAGAAGCAGAACGUUUGGAAGCCACUGAUGAACUUGCACAGAGUAAAGUGGAUGAUGAAGACCCCUUGCCCCAUAUUCCAGAUUUGGGGAUAGCUAACAAAGAAACUGCUCAUUUAGAAAAACAACACAAUGCGAUGACUCGAGCUGAAGGUUUGGAUUUAAUUCGAUCUUUAAAUGACAUCCAGCUGUCUAUUUUUUUCAAAAUACAAAAGUGGUGCAUACAAAAAGUCAAUGGAAAUGAUCCAGAACCUUUACAUGUGUUCAUCACUGGUGGCGCUGGCACAGGGAAAAGCCACUUGAUUCGGGCCAUUCAGUACGAAGCCAAUCGUCUAUUUGCUCCAAUGCGACGCCACCCAAACAACAUGAGUGUUUUACUAACAGCACCCACUGGUAUGGCAGCAUACAACCUAAAUGCAUCUACAAUUCACAGUGCAUUUAGCAUUGGAACAGAUGUGACACUUCCCUGCAUACCAUUAGGUGAAGAAAAACUCAAUUCUCUCCGUGCCAAAUAUAUUGACGUGAAGUUAGUAAUCAAUGAUGAAAUAUCAAUGGUUUCUCAUAAACUGCUCACAUAUAUACAUGGACGGCUGAGGCAAAUCAAGCAAAGAGGUGAUGUUUCCCCUUUUGGAAAUGUCAGCCCAGUUGGUGAUUUCUAUCAGUUACCACCAGUUAUGGCAAAAGGCUUGUACACUGACAAUCUACCUCUGAACUUUUGGUCAAGUUUCAAAAUGGCUGAACUGAAAACAAUUGUCAGACAGAAGGAUACCACAUUUGCAGAAUUACUGAACAGAUUAAGAACACGAUCGAAAGGGACACCCAUGCUUCAUGAAGACAUCCACAUUUUACAAAGUCGUGAAACUGGAGAGCAGUCUUCUGCUCUACAUAUUUUCCCAACAAAUUCACAGGUCAGUGAGCAUAACUUUAACCAGCUCCAAGCCACUUGUCCUGACUAUCAAACAAUAGAUGCACAGGACUAUCACUACAACAGAAAAACUGGAAAAAUGGAAAGCAAAGUCACACCUCACAGUAAAGACAACCUCACCUGUCUGCAGAAACAGCUAUUUUUGGGUGUUCCUGCUAGAUUUAUGCUGUGUAAAAACAUUGAUGUGGAGGAUGGAUUAGUCAAUGGAGUCUGUGGAACUGUAACACAUAUUAGUGAAACAGAAAGAAAUGGACUUCCUGAAGCUGUGUAUGUUCAGUUUGAUGACAUCAAUGUUGGUACACAGAGACGAAAAAAGUACCCAUCCACUGCACCUGCUUUAAUAAACUCCACACGGAUACAGCCAGAGGAGGAAAGGGCUAACAGCAAAGGGGGAAAACGUCGUCAGUUUCCUCUUGCACUUGCCUGGGCUGUUACAAUCCACAAAGUACAAGGCCUGACUGUUGACAAUGCUGUGGUGUCGCUAAAGCAAGUGUUUGCCUCAGGACAAUCUUAUGUGGCUUUAAGUCGUGUAAGAAGUCUAGAUGGCCUUAUUAUCCAGGCCUUUGAUGAAAAGGCUAUUUAUUGUAAUGACGAGGUAAAACAUGCCUUGGAAGCUAUGCCACGCUUCUUGGAUGACAAUGUGUCACAAGCCAAACAGUCUGCUGAUGUGUUCAGCUUGUUUUUGAUGAAUGUUCAGGGUUUAGUAAAACAUGUACCUGAUUUGGUGUUAGCCACACAGCAUUUACAGCCUGACUGUAUAGCUGUGACAGAAACAUGGUUAACAUCUCAGUCUGCACUUCAUAGUGUUGACAUAGACGGUUACAGUUUUCACAGCCGUCCACGAAGUCUGGCAUAUGAACACAGCAAGCAUCCAGCUCUUACUACACUCAAAAGUCAACAUCAUGGUGGAGUGGGCAUGUAUUGCUCCAACAACACUAACUGUCACUUUCCUGAUGUACCCCAAUUUAAUUUGGAGUGCUUAAUUUACAAAAAUGUAAAUCAUCAGGUUUUAGUUGCAGUUGUGUAUCGACCACCAGCAUAUCCCAUGUCUGUGUUCAAGCAGAAUUUGAAAAAUCUGCUAACUUGGCUACAGGCACAAAGUCAGUCCAUUGUGGUUAUGGGAGAUUUCAAUGACGACAUAUUGAAAUCAUCAUCACUGUGCAAUUUCAUGACCAGUUAUGGAUAUGUUCAGAAUGUCACAUCUCCAACUACAGAACGAGGCACUUUGAUUGAUCAUGUCUAUGUCAAAUCUCAACAAUAUGAGAUUUCAUCAGAAGUUGUUCCAACAUAUUUCAGUGAUCAUCAGGGCAUAGCCUGCUCUCUUAAACUGAAGUCUGUGUAG